UACGGGAUCUUAGCACCGGUGUUGAGAGUGAAGGUCUUGCCGAGAGACAUGUUGAUGGAGAUGGAUGGAGGAUGGAAAGGGGACAGAUGAAGAGCAGAGGGAGAUGAGGAAAAAAGAGAAGAGGAAAAGAACCGAGCAGGAGGAAAAGAGCAGCAAUAAAAAUAACAGUCUGGAGUCAAUUUCUCCGGCGGGGUCUAAAAGACGCAAUGCAACGCGUGCCAAUAGUUCCCUUCGCUCUCAGGGUGACCCCCAUCUCGAUGAUUCUACCCCGCCAGGUACCCCUCGGUGGGGCAGUGCGUGGGAUUGCCCGUUUGGAGAGCGUUCCCCGGGGGUCCAGAUUCCCGAUUCUCUUGACGCUUCUGUUGGGGGUGGACAUUGAUCUUGACAGCUGUCCACAUUGACGGACCAGUUCUCCGCCAUUCGACCACAUCUAUAUUCCUAUGUUGCCUUCCCUAU